ACCCAAUUCUAGUUCGACAACCAAAAACAAGAACAAAACAAAACACACCAUUUCCCAAACUCUCUCUCUUUCUAAAAGCGAACAAUUUCCGAUCAAUUUCCCAAACUUUCCCAAAUCAAAAACAAAUCCUAGAAUUCAGAAAAAAAAAAAAAAAAUGUCUUCUUCUUCAGUAUUCAGCGGCGAUGAAACCGCUCCGUUCUUCGGCUUCCUCGGAGCUGCGGCUGCCCUAGUUUUCUCAUGUAUGGGAGCUGCUUAUGGGACAGCUAAGAGUGGAGUUGGGGUGGCAUCGAUGGGUGUGAUGCGACCAGAACUGGUCAUGAAAUCGAUCGUGCCGGUUGUUAUGGCUGGAGUCUUAGGUAUUUACGGUUUGAUCAUUGCGGUUAUUAUUAGUACCGGGAUUAACCCUAAAGCCAAAUCGUAUUACCUUUUUGACGGUUAUGCCCAUCUCUCCUCGGGUCUAUCUUGUGGUCUCGCUGGCCUCUCCGCUGGUAUGGCUAUCGGUAUCGUUGGCGAUGCCGGUGUUAGAGCUAAUGCUCAACAGCCAAAGCUUUUUGUCGGAAUGAUUCUUAUUCUCAUCUUUGCUGAGGCCUUGGCCUUGUAUGGUCUCAUUGUUGGUAUCAUCCUUUCUUCUCGAGCUGGCCAAUCCAGAGCAGAUUAGAGAAAGGUUUUCUGCAAGCUGCUGAUGUUGGUGUUGUAGGUGUUGCUCAAGAUUUGUGAUGCAUACUAAGUGGGCAAUCUUGUGUCGAGUUAUUCAUUCUGUAUGUGGUCUUUCCAUUACAUUUUAUAGAGGUUCUCUGCUAAUUUGGAGGUGAGUUUCAAAAUAAAGCUUGCUGGGCCGUUGCUUUACCUGUUGCUGUAUUGUAGAUGUUAGCUUAAACUAGUCUAGAAACUGUCUUUGAGGCAGAUCCCUGUCAAACAUUCACUUUACAUUUCUGAUCGUCAUUAUUGUACUUAAAGUUGUGUUUCUAGACUUUCUGUAUGUCUGUGUGUGUGUACUUGAAGAAAUGUUUCUAGUAUGGUCUAUUCUUUAACUCUGUGAGAGAGAGAUUAAGAUUCCUGUACUGUAGCCAUUUGUUGCUUGUUGGGGUGUACUUGAUGGAGCCUGAAUUCUAGCUUUGGACUGGUAACAAAAAAUAUGAGAGUAUAUGUUGUGUCUC